AUGGACCGAUUCACUCAGUUCCCUGCCGUCAAUGACGAUAAUGAUGUUCAUAUCAUGCCCUGGCAGGUGGAUGCCCAACUCCCCUCCGAUAUACUUGCUUUGUCAUGGGCACUCUUGCUACGCGCAUUUACAACGGAGGAGAACCCGGUUUUUGUAUUGAAUGGUGUGCCGGUCAAAGCAAAUAUAUCCGCCCAAACGGUUCAGCCAGCAGAUCUGGCUGUAUCAGACCUCUCAGUCAAACACACAGCCUUAGUGUUGGGAGACCCUGUCUUGAGUGAUGAUGGGAAUCAUCCGGCAUUACAGUGGACCCUGGACCCCGCCACGCAGUUGGGAGCUUUGCGUGCGACCGGAGGUAUGGAUGCCGAUUUCCUGUACCAGUUGGGCAACCAGCUGAAGCAGAUCGUGCAGCAGCAGGCUGCUCAGAAUGGUAUACAGAUGACAUUGUCCGCCACCGAGGUUCCUGAUUUGGCCAUAAUAAAUGCCAACCCUGCCACACUGCCAGGGCCUCAACUUCUACACGAGCUUGCUCUGCGUGAGCUCAACCAUUCAAACCAUGCCAUUGAAUUUCUCGCUGCGGAUGGAAACGUUCGUUGCUUAUCGUACCAUGACUUGGACCGGAUUUCCUCAGAUCUGGGGAGAAAAAUAGCUCGUGCUUCGAUACCUUCCCAGGGCAGACAGAGGGUUGUGCCAGUACUUCUUCCCCAGUCUGUGGAAUUGUAUAUCUCAUGGCUGGCCAUUCUCAAGGCUGGCGCAGCUUUCUGCCCCUUGAACACAGAUGCACCAACAGAUCGCAUCGAAUUUAUCCUCCAAGAUGUGGCUGCAUCCGUAGUGGUCACAAAUGAUAUUCUUGCCAUGAGGAUACCACCGAGAGAGCAGAUUGCGAUUCUUACAGUAGACAAUCUCCAAACAGAUACCGAUAUCACAGAGCCAUGCCUAGAAAGCAGCAUUUCCACUGAUCUGGCAUAUGUCAUGUAUACAUCCGGCUCUACGGGCCGCCCCAAAGGCGUCGGGGUGUCCCAUCUUGCUGCCACUCAGUCACUCCUUGCUCAUGAUGAUUUGAUACCCCCUUUCCAGCGCUUUUUACAAUUUGCAUCUCCUACCUUUGAUGUUUCCGUGUUUGAGGUGUUUUUUCCGAUGAUGCGAGGGUCAACCCUCAUUGGCUCGGAGAGAGAGCAUAUGCUUCUCGAUAUUUCCCAUGUGAUGACUACGAUGGAAGUAGAUGCCGCUGAGUUGACCCCAACGGUAGCAGGAGAGUUGUUGCGCACACGAGCCGCGGCUCCAUCUCUCCGGGUGCUCCUCACAAUUGGCGAGAUGCUCACCAGGCAUGUGGUAGACGAGUUUGGCCAGACCGAGGGCAGAAAUGGCAUUCUCCAUGGCAUGUACGGGCCCACCGAAGCAGCAAUUCACUGUACUGCUGCCACCCAUUUCCAAGCCAAGGAUCGUGUCAAUAUGAUUGGAAAGCCCUUCAAAACCGUUUCCGCAUACAUCAUGUCACUAACCUCCGACGGGCCAUCCUCCGCGGAGCUUCACCCCCUUUCAAUAGGUCAGAUUGGAGAGCUUGUGGUGGGUGGUCCUCAAUUGGCAGACGGGUAUAUCAAUCGGUCCGAAGAAAAUGCCAAGGCUUUCAUAGACAGUCCGGUAUAUGGCCGACUCUAUCGCACGGGAGACAAAGCCCGCAUACUCCCCACCGGAGAGAUUGAGUGUUUUGGCCGAAUUUCCAGCGGCCAGGUGAAACUGCGUGGCCAGCGGAUAGAGCUGGGCGAGAUCGAGCAUGUUAUCACCAGAGCCUCUGGCGUCCGCAGUGCUGUAACUAUAGUAAUCGACGGAAAUUUGAUUGCCUUUGUUCUGGUUACCGACAAGGGAACGACAGACAGCAGUCUCCGAGACGUCUGCCGUCAGCUGUUGCCUCGAUUCAUGAUUCCCGGAGAAUUCGUGCUUGUCGACCAGUUCCCCCAACUUCCCUCUGGCAAGAUCGAUCGUAAAACACUAGAGGCCGAUUUCAUUCGCCACCGAAGCUCCACCCAGGCCUUUGACGGCCAACCAUUCCGGGAUAAAAAGGAAGAGUCUAUCGUCUCAAGCGUGGCUGAUGUGCUGGGCCGACGACUCUCCUCAGCAGAGAGCCUAGCAGCCGCAGGUCUUGAUUCGCUAGCAGCAAUCCGUCUCGCGUCCCAUCUCUUGGAUGCAGGGAUUCGCUUAGGUGUGGCUACCCUGUUGGAGGCCGACUCAGUGGACGAGAUCUGGCAGCUUGCCACCAGCCUCGAAGGUGCGAGCCCAACUGACGACGCUCAAGCAGCGCUAGGAGCUAUCCUGCAGCUUGUUUCGGAUGCAGGGUCAGCAAGGCUUGACUCUCUGGGCUUGAGCGAUCAGGUUUCGGACAUCGUACCUUGUAGCCACAUCCAACAGGCUAUGAUCUUAGAGACAAUCCGAGACAAUAAGGCAUACUGCAAUUGGAUUGAGCUGGAAUUCAAGCCCUCGGUCAGUUCAACUUCGGUGAAAAACGCAUUCAGCCAACUGAUGAACCACAACGAAAUCCUGCGGUCUGGAUUUGUGGAAAUCGGCCUCAAAGAUCACUCAUAUGGUCGAUUCACUUGGAAUAACCUCGAAGAGCAUAUUUCCGUGCAACGGGAGCUUGACUACAAUUUGGGGUUGAGUGCAGGUCACGAUGUCUUGAACCCCUUCCGAGUCCAGAUCAAGGAAGAGGAGGAUCAUCUCCGCGUGCUGGUUCAUAUGCACCAUGCACUCUACGAUGGAUGGUCUUGGCAACUAUUGUUGAAAGAUCUCAGAAGUAUCUUGUCCGGAGAGGAGCUCACUUCUAAACCUUCAUAUAAUGUCGUCGCAAAAUUCUUCAUUGAACAAAAACUGGAUAAAUCGGCCACAGAGUCCUCAGCCUACUGGCAUGAUCAACUACAGGGUCUUUCUCCUGCAAAUUUCCCUACCUUCUAUGGACAUUCAGAUAUUACACAUGCCACCGACAAGGCUACUCGCGUGCUGGACAUAUCCGUAUCAAAACUCAACGAAGUAUCCCAGCACCUUCGCAUCAGCCGGCAAACUAUUUUCCAAGCCGCGUUCUGCUAUAUUCUCUCCUCCUACAUCGGGACCGGAGAUGUGACCUUUGGAACUGUCUUUUCAGGCCGAACUCUGCCCUUGAAGAGCAUUGAAACUGUUCUCGGGCCCUGUAUCAGAACUUUACCUACGCGCAUAAACCUUGAAAAAAUGGAAGACGUGGCCGAUCUUCUCUUGGCCAUCCAGAACAUGAACCGCAAGUCGCUCGAGCAUGGUAUUGUUUCUCUUCAGGAUAUAAAGAAGGCUUCUGGUAUCGACUUGGAUCGCAAUCUCUUUGACACCGCACUCGUAUGGCAGGAAAGCAUUUGGUCAGAUGAUGACCAGAGCUCGGUGUUCCAGGAAGUUGGAGCGGGAGAGUUCCUAGAGUUUACGCUUUUGCUAGAGUUUGAGCCGCGAGAAGAAGACAUCUUUGCCCGGGCGACUUAUCAAAAGUCGGUGCUCCCAUUCGAGCAAGCCAUGAUACUCCUCGAGCAAAUCGAUUCCGUAGCUUCGAUCUUGAUUGAUAAGGUUGAUCUUCCGAUUCAAAAGAUCCCAUCUUAUCUUCCCUCGUCAACGUUGUCCAUUCAACGUGCAGAAUCGCCCGAGCAAGUCGAUCUGCCAAGCUUGGCAUCCGGCGUCGAGAUAGUUGCCUCUGCAGACCCCGACAGGGUAGCAGUUGAGCUGAUGCUCUGGAAGCUGGAACCUCCUGCACCCCUAGUCAAAAGCAUGACCUACAGUCAACUCAACUCCCGAGCCAAUGGCUUUGCACAUCUUUUGCUCCAUGUUGGAGUGACAAAAGCCGAUCUAAUAGCCAUCCACCCGACAACGUCCCUUGACUUUUACGUUGCCGUGCUUGGAGCUACCAAGGCCGGUGCUGGUCUCCUCCUACUUCCCCAAGCCUCUUCAGAGACGAUUCAUUCUAUUCUGUCCAUGGCAAAUGCCAAGUUCUAUAUCGUCGACACCUCGACGGAGCACAACCUUCGCUUGGAUUUUUUAAAGUCCGUUCAGCUGAUUCACAUGUCUCAUUCGCUGGAUAUGUAUCAUGAUUUCAAUAUUCCCUGUACUAGUGAAGGGUCUGAUGUUGUUUAUGCCGAAGUGACGGUAAUUGAAAACGACUUGACGGAAAGCGUUGUCAUUUCGCACCAAAACUUACAGAGCAAUAUCAAUGCUCUUUCGGCUUUAUAUCCAACGCCAACCGGGUCGAAAAUGCUAUCAUGCGUACAAGGAUCAGGUGCAUCUAUUUGCCAGACAUUCUUCGCUUGGAAUACUGGCAUGACAUUGUGCUCAGCUGCAGACAUAAUCAUGAUGACUCGUAUCGAGGAAGCCUGCCAGGACAUGGAAAUAACACACCUUCACUUGCCUCCCAUGCUGGCCUCCCGCAUUGAUCCACAAGCCGUUCCCCGUGUGCAAUACCUCCUCUCUUCAGGCGAAGGAAUGACCCCCAAGCUCCAUCGCAAUUGGGCCGGCAAAGGUCUUCAUCAAGCAUACAGCAACCAUGCACUGGCUCACGUAUGUACUAUCUAUCCCAAUAUGCAAACAUCGACGUAUGUUCGAAACAUUGGUAGACCCCUGAAGAACACAUCUGCGAUGAUUUUGGCAGAGGGAGAUCCAGUCGCUAUUCUUCCCCACGGCGCCAUUGGGGAGUUAUGCUUUGGUGGAGAUCAAGUUGGGCGUUGCCUACCCGGCACCGAGGCCUCAGUGACUGGACGAUUUGUUGAUCAUCCUGAAUUCGGUCGUAUCUAUAGAACGGGCGAUCUUGGAAGGUUGCUUCCUGAUGGUACACUCAUUCUCUCCCGAAGUUCUGAUUUUGUACAGUCGUAUUCUCCUAUUGAUCUCGAUGAAGUUGAUUGUGCUCUUGGGUCUUUGGAGAUGGUCGAAGAAUCAGUGAGCAUGGUUUUGGAUGAGCCAAAACUGGGUCAGCAGGGACCACUGGCAGUAUUUUGGGUUUCUUCAACGAAGUACUCAAAUUCUGUGCAAAUUGAGGAAGCCACGAAUGAUCUGUUCAAUGAGAUCACGAAGAAACUUCCUUCUGCUAGCCUUCCAUCGCUUCUCGUUCUUGUGGACGUGAUAGAACUCACCAUGUCUUACAAGACUGACAAAUUUCUGCUGAGGCAACGAUUAGAACAGCUGACAACAAAAGAACUUGCGGUGUUUUCACCAAAGUUAAAUGGCGAUAAUGCUGGUGACAGUUUCACCGAGCUCGAGAAGACUAUAUCGAUCACACUAUCGGCAGUUACUGGCACCGACCAAAGCAAUAUCCAGAAACACACAUCUUUCUACAGACUGGGUCUGGACUCUCUUUCUGCCAUUUACUUCUCGCGAAAGCUACAUGAUUCUGGAUGUGGAAAGCUUUCUGUGUCUACGAUUCUGCGCCACAGCUCUAUUUCUCAACUUGCAGCUGUCAUUUCUGCCACCAGCGACGAGUAUCAGUCCGAACAGACUGUGGUGCCUGCGCCACCAGCGGCUUUCGAUGAAAUUUUCACUCGUCAAGUAAAAGAGGACUUCAAAGCUGCAGCCAAGACUGUCCGGAACAUUUACCCUUGCACUCCACUCCAGGAGGCUAUGCUUGCAGCUGAAUCUGGUGGUAAUUCGGCGUAUUUCAACCACCUCUUGUUUCUUGUGCACGCCGAUCCAGAGGCCAUGAGAGCGGCAUGGGCUAAGAUGAUGCAAAGACAAGAUAUCCUUAGAACAUGUUUCUCGCAAACCAAUGACAAGCGAUUUGCAUAUGCUCAAGUUGUACUGGAUACAUCGGUCUUACCAUGGUCUCAUAUUGAAACUUCCUCUUCUGAGAUUGGAAAUGUCAUCAAACAGACCAAGUCCAAGUUUGAGGGUCUUGCUCCUGUCAAUGGCCAGUUGCCCUACUCGCUGACUUUGAUAUCUGAUUCCAAUGCGCAGAAGACACACCUUCUAUUGUCCAUUCACCAUGCACUGUAUGACGGAGAAGGUAUCUCCCAGUUAUUGCACGAGCUCGAGUUAUUACUCUCAAGCCAAGAACUGCCAGCCAACGUUCCAUUCCGCAAUUUUAUCGAUUACAUGACCUCUCUUGAUCAUGGCUCGUCAGAUGAAUACUGGGACCAGUACUUAUCCGGCGUUUCACCGACCCUCCUUCCCACGCCCAGGCCCGCAGCCAAAGGAGAUGAUUCGGCAUCACAGCAGAUCCAUAGGUUCCUGAAAGGUUCUUUCACAUCGUUCAAACAAGAAUGCAAAGACCUCUCUGUGACUCCUUUGAACGUUUUUCACGCUGCGUGGGCUAGACUGCUCUCUCUAUACACCGAUUCCUCCGAUGUGUGCUUUGGUAAUGUCUUCAGCUGCAGAACCGUUCCCUUGAAUGGCGCAGAUCGGAUAGUUGGGCCCUGCUUCAACACACUCCCAGUUCGAAUCAAGCCCUCCUCAACUGCCACGAAUAAUGACAUCAUGAAAUUGUCCCAACAGAGCAACAACGACAUUUUGCCUCACCAACUCAGCCCUCUACGGCGAAUUCAACAGCGUGUUCUUGGCGAUGGCUCUCGCCUCUUCGACACGCUGGUCAUUUUCCAGAACAGAAAUACAGAACUUGACUGCAGUGUCUGGGAACUUCUUCAGGACGAAGGAAACAUGGGAUUUCCUUUGAUCUGUGAGAUUGUCCCCGACGAGUCUGCAGACAACAUCCGGGUCUGCCUCCACUUCCAAGUAUCACACAUCUCCCAAGCCGUGGCUGAGACUAUUGCGCGAGAUGUUGUGGCCAUUGUUAGACACAUCAUUCAAUAUCCAUCUGGUCAAGCAUCCGAUAAGCGGCUUUUGGGGAACGAUAUUCCUCAAGUUUUCAGGCAGAAGGUAUCGAAAACGACAAACGCUGUUCAUUUCUCGACCAGAUCUGGCCCAAACCGCCAAUUAUCCUAUCAGGAGGAGAUUGUCCGCAGAAUCCUUUGCGAAUUCUCCGAUUUCAGCUCGGAAAAUGUGUCCCAUAAGACGACGAUCUUCCAACUUGGCCUGGAUAGUAUCAAUGCUGUGCAGGUAUCGGCAAAGCUGCGAGGGCUGGGGUAUAAGAUUUCAUCCAGUGAUAUUCUCGAGGCUGCCUCCAUUGAUCAAAUUGCUUCUCGCCUCACUUCCAGCACGAUCGUUCCUGAGGAAAUCGAAUUUGACUUUGGACUUUUCCAAACCCAUCAUUUGCAAUCUGUUUGCGAACGACUUGACAUUUCUUCAGAAAUGAUACAGUCUCUUCGCCCUUGUACGCCAGUUCAAAAUGGCAUGCUGGCGAUGUUUACACACUCUCAUGGUUCCACGUACUUCAAUCGAAUGACUUUGAGAUUCCCAGCACCUUUAGACAAGAACAUUUUGAAACAAGCAUGGCUCAAGGUUAUGGCUCAGCAUGAAAUGCUUCGAACAGGCUUUGUUCAACUGCGCGAUCAGGAGCAUCCUUUUGCUAUGAUAACUUACCAUGAAAAUAUCAAAUUACCAUGGCUUGAGACCUCGUGUUCCAUGGAAGACACUCCUGGUGUUCAAGAAAAGCACGCUUUGGAAAAUCUCCACCAGCCCCCAUGGAGUAUUGAAGUCGAGGAAGGUGACAGCACCAGCAUCAUGCGUUUCUCUGCAUUGCACGCUAUUUACGAUGCACAGUCUUUGGCUACCAUAUUUGCAGAUGUCAGAAUAGCAUAUGACGGAAAGGUCCUAGCUACGCCGGCACCAGUCACCGCAACUCUUGGUCCGAUCCUUCUCGAAAGCAGCAGCCAGAGUGAAUCCGCACAAUCGUUCUGGAAAAAAAUAGCUUCAGAAGUGCAACCUUCCAAAUUUCCCGACUUGCAUCCCAUCCGCACAGGUGAGUAUACAUUACUCACCACCUCUAUCUACUGUGCGCAGUCUCGCAAGGCUCUCGAAGAUGCCUGUCGGGAUAUUGGUGUGACACUACAAGCAGCGGGGCAAGCUGCAUGGGCUCGCUUAUUGUCUGCAUACACAGGCGAAUCCAAUAUCACAUUUGGAACCGUGCUGUCGGGUAGGAACUUAUCUACCGCUGCCGAACAUGCGGUAUUUCCAUGCCUAGUCACAGUGCCAACACCUUUGCGUAUUGAAGGCUCCAAUAGACAGCUUUUGGACCGCACGCUGAAGCAGAAUGCUUUGUUGAUGAAAAAUCAGUUCGCUCCUCUGCCGCAUGUCCAGCGUUGGCUGGGUAGUGAUGAGCCACUCUUCGACACACUCUUUGUCUAUCAAAAGCUUAGAUCGGAUGCAGUGGGUACUUAUGGGUGGGAUAUCAUUAACGAGGAGACGAAGAUUGAUUAUCCCGUCUCUGUUGAGUUGAUCCCGCACUCGACAGAUCUUCAGAUUUCAUUGAGCUACCGGGGCGAUAUUGUUCCUUCGGAGCAAGCAACGAUCCUUUUGAAACAAUAUGACAAGUUCUUGCAGGAUACUGUCUUCCGUCCAGAUGCCAACUCCAGCAGCCAUGAGUCUGUGGGUAGCAGCCUGCUUUCUGUUACUCCUGCCAAAGAAGCACCGAUACCUACCACGGUGUCUUUGUUGCAUCAAUUUGUCGAACGGAACGCGCUCAAGAUCCCCGACAAGAUUGCCUUCGAAUUUGCCUUUGGUGACACUGCGGACAGCCUAAAGAAGAAGACUUGGACUUAUCGUGAGUUCAACGAAUGCGGCAAUCAGAUUGCGCGUUUUCUGCAGACGAAGGGGGCUGUUCCUGGUGGGAUUGUGGCAAUAUGCUUUGACAAGUGUCCUGAAGCCUCUAUCGCGAUUCUAGGUAUCAUGAAAGCUGGGUGCGCAUAUUUGGCUAUUGACCCCGGCGCUCCUAUCUCUCGCAAGCAAUUUAUGUUGAAGGAUUCCGGUACCAAGAUCCUGCUGUGCAAUCAAUCCAAAAUGGCGGAACUGGAGGGUCUACCGGCUACUGAAGUCCAGGCCCUUGAUCAACCCGGGCUGCUGAAUGGGAUUUCAACAGGUGAUGUCCCCCUCAUCCGUCCGAUCCAGCCAGAUGAUACUUGCUAUUGUCUGUACACAUCUGGUACAACCGGAACACCGAAGGGCUGCGAAAUCACGCACGAUAAUGCUGUACAAGCAAUGCUUGCAUUCCAACGAUUGUUUGCAGGGCACUGGGAUGAAGAGUCGAGGUGGUUGCAAUUUGCCUCCUUCCAUUUUGACGUCAGUGUUUUGGAACAGUACUGGAGCUGGAGUGUUGGAAUUUGCGUCACUUCCUGUCCGCGAGAUCUUCUAUUUGAGGAUCUAACUGGAACGAUACAAAAGCUUCAAAUUACGCAUAUCGACCUGACGCCCAGUUUGGCAAGGCUGGUCCAUCCUGAUGAAGUUCCGUCCCUGUGUCAGGGAGUCUUCAUCACCGGCGGAGAGGCGUUGAAACAAGAAAUUCUCGAUGCCUGGGGCAAACACGGUGUUAUCUACAAUGGAUAUGGGCCCACUGAAGUCACUAUUGGAUGUACAAUGCUCCCACGGAUGUCUGCCAACGACAAAGCCUCAAACAUCGGGCCCCAGUUCGAUAAUGUGGGAUCGUAUGUCUUUAGUCCCGGCACCACAACACCCGUCCUACGUGGUGGAAUAGGCGAACUCUGCGUCUCCGGGCCUCUCGUUGGAAAGGGCUAUCUAAAUCGGGCGGAGCUCACGAAAGAACGAUUCCAAGAACUCCCCGAGUUCGGCGAUCGCAUCUAUCGCACAGGCGAUCUUGUGAGGAUUUUGCACGAUGAAAGUUUCCAGUUUCUUGGUCGGAUCGAUGAUCAGGUCAAGCUCCGCGGACAGCGACUUGAGAUUGGAGAAAUUAACGAGGUCAUCAAACAAGCUACGCCUGAAUUGAACGAAGUCGCUACCCUAGUGAUCACGCACCCCAAACAGUCUAAGGAACAACUUGUCUCUUUCUUCACGACUGUCACUGCAGAUAAGAAGGCUCGUGCUGUCAAAGUUGGAGUCCGAUCUUCAGAAGAUGAUCGCACUCUGCUGUCGAUGAUCAAGGGCGCUUGCCGCACCCACCUACCCGGGUAUAUGGUGCCUACACAUAUCAUUCCGAUGACCCGCUUCCCACUCUCCGCUAAUAACAAAGCUGACAUGAAAGUCUUGAUGGGUAUCUAUCAGGAGCUUUCUUUAGAAGAUAUUCAGAAGUUGAGCUCAAUGAGUGUUGGUCAGCCUACUGGCAGUGUCCAGGAGCAGAAGAUCAUAUCUGUGCUGGCGAGGUUUAUUGGAGUUUCAGAAGGGCAGAUCUCGUCGUACUCUAGUAUCUACGAGCUUGGGUUGGAUUCUAUAUCUGUUAUUGCUUUCUCGAGAAGUCUCCGGGAGGCUGGGUUUUCUCAGGCUCAGCCAUCAGUCAUCAUGAAGUAUCCUACAGUUUCUGGGCUGGCUUCUGCUCUACUGGUGCCCAUCUCAUCUUCUGUGUCCGCGGAAGCCAUCCAACGAAAUGCCAAGCAAGGCAUCGAGGCUUUCGCUCACAAGAACUCCCACGCUAUCAUCGGGCGUAUUGAUGCCAUCGAUGAUGACAUUGAAAAGAUUGCGCCUUGCACUCCGCUCCAGGAAGGUAUCAUAUAUCACUACCUGUCGAGCAGCACGCCGUUAUACUGCUCAUCAUUUACUUUCGAACUUGACCCUUCCGUCAACCUCGAGAAUCUAUGCACAGCUUGGGAUCAGACCCAAAGAGAAGUUCAAAUGCUGCGUGCCAGACUUUUGCCAUCUUCGGACGGCUACGCCCAAGUUAUCAUGAAAAAGAAUACUCUGCCUUGGUUCCUGACUACAGCCGGGACCAAGGAGGAUAUUGAUGACUUGCGCAAACAACGACAUGAUUACUGGGCCACCCAGCUCGAUGAUCUUUCAUCCAAGUUAUGGGAAGUCGGAGUCAUAUGUUCCCCCGAGAAAUCGGUUAUGUGCCUGAACAUAUUCCAUGCUCUCUAUGAUGGAAACAGCCUGGUCCUGCUCCUUGAGUCUGUUGCCCGAAAUUAUCUCGGCCAUGGCACGAGCUCGCAGUCAAUCCCUGAGUUCCUUGAUGUUUUGCACUUGGGACCCCUGUGCAAAGACCCUGCUGCAGAAUCAUUCUGGAAAGAGCAUCUUGCCGGUUGCUGUGACCGACCUUUCACCGAGAAUGGUCAAGAAGACAGCGCGUCAAUUCUGCUUACGGUUCAAAUGGAUUCGACGGAGCAGCUCGACCAUCUUCGCCGGUCUCUCAAUGUUACAGAGCAAGCUGUUCUCCAUGCCUGCUGGCUUCUCACUCUUUACCAGCAAUACUCAUUCGUGCCAGCACUUGGUAUCAUUGCCUCGGGGAGAACAAUCGAUGUACCAGGCAUUUCCAAAGUUAUCGGGCCGUUGUUCAAUACGGUCCCCAGCAACAUUCAGCUGCAUGAUUUGGAUUAUUGGUCUGAUAUCGCUCGGCGCUGCCACGACUACCACGUGUCCAUGAUUCCAUUCCAAUAUACCGCCUUGCGGGACAUUAUUAAAUGGCUCGGGAAAAACCCCGACGAGCGACUCUUCAACUCUUUGUUUGUUUUUCAGAGGGAACCUAGUAACGCGGAAUCAUCCACGAAAGAUCUUUGGUGUACACUCGACUCGGAGGCCGAACAUGAGUACCCUCUGGCAUUUGAGAUUGUGCGCAAUAACAACCAGUCCCUGACAGCUACUAUUGCCGCAAAGAGCCAUGUGGUAUCGUCGGACGACGCUCAGCAGAUGUUAUGUAAUUUCGAGAAAAUCCUUUCUGACUUUGCGCAAGACCCCAACAGACAGUUGCCCAGGAUAAACGGGAGCUCUAUUACACAAGCUAUGACGAAUGGUGAGAUAAAGCGACACAAUGAGUCUCCUAAUCCCCCAAUAAAGAGCAAUGGGGAACAUACCAAUGGCUCUUUGUUUGAAUGGACAUUCAAAUCUCGCACAAUCCGCGACGUGAUUGAAACACUUGCGGGAGUGGAGCCUCAAUCAAUCAGUGAGAACACCUCCAUUUUUGAAGUUGGACUUGAUAGCAUCGAUGCAAUCAAAAUAUCUUCGCGGUUGAGCAAAAUCGGCUUCAAGCUUCCCGUGAGCUCCAUCAUGCGCCAUCGUACAGUGAAGGCCAUGAGUGAGCAACUCUCAAUAACAAACGACCAUAUCAAAGAUGGGACAUUUCCAUUGCUCAACCAGCUAGAGAAAUCGUUGGUCAAGUUUCUCGGAGCGGAAGGUCUUCUCCCUACGACCGCGACUCGCAUACUGCCAGCGACACCCAUUCAAGAAGCUAUGGUAGCAGAAAUGUCUGCCUCUGGAUACAAACAUUAUUACAAUCAUGAAAUUCUCGAGCUUGAGCCAGAUGUGGACAGUGAAAAGAUUGAACAGGCAUGGAGAGCUGUCAUUAGAGCUCACCCUAUCCUCCGUACUUCAUUUGUUGAAAUCUGGGAUCCACAGAUCCCUGUUUCAUACGCUCAAGUAAUUCACAACGAGGAUCAAAUUGACAUUCAGACUGUCCAUCUGCACGGAGCUUCUUUGGAAUCCAUUAUAGAGACUCAGCGCUCAAGGGUCCAUAAUGAGCUGGCAGGCUGCCCCUUACUCUCUCUCACUAUUGCGGUGGACGGAGCUAGGCGGCACCUUGUUUUGUCGAUUGCGCAUGCUCUCUAUGAUGGCUGGUCAAUCAAUCUGCUGCAUGAAGAUGUUGCCAAAUCCUAUGCCGGUGCAGAUUGUUCCCGCCCGCCAGCUGAUGACAUUCUUGAGCAAAUUAUUGCCUCGUCUAGCGAUGAAGCACUCAGGUUCUGGCGAGCGACGCUAUCCAACUUCACUCCAGCCUCAUUCUCGCCCAUGGAGCACGCUGACAAUAGCUCGGCCGUCGUUCACAGAGCAGAACAAUCGUUAACCGUCCCACUGUCCAAGGCAGAAACUUUUUGUAAGCGACACGGUGUUACUAUCCAGGCGCUUCUUGUCGCCUGCUGGUCUCUUGUCCUUGCCACGCAUGUCAAGAAGCUAGAUGUGGUAUUUGGGCUGGUCCUUUCUGGGCGGAAUGUGGCUGACUCUGAGCAUGUGAUGUUUCCGACCAUGAACACUGUCGCCAUGCGAGUUAUUCUUCAUGGGACACGCGUAGAAUUGGUGAAGUAUGUGCAAGAGGCUCUCCUGGCAAUGUCGGAGCAUCAGAAUUUCCCGCUUCGGCGCGCAAGACCAGAUAUAGGAUCGCAGGCGUUGUUUGAUACGCUUUUUAUGUAUCAGAAGAGACCGUUGGAAAAUGUCCAGACUGGGCCCGGACAGGUUUUGUAUAAAUCUACUGGUGGAACAGCUGAUGUUGAGUACCCUGUUUGCACUGAAGUUGAAGGUGUUGGGGAGAAUCUGGUUGGGCGGGUUGCGUGUCGUGGAAAUGUUGUUGGGGAUCAAGAUACUCUUGCGCUGUUAGGGCAGAUGGGCAAUAUCCUGUCUUGUAUCAUUGACGGUCCAUCAGAACGAACUGUUGAGUUCACCAGCAAAGGAGUUAAGAUUUGUGGAAACCCGGCUUUUCAUGAUGAGCCUGGACAAGACAUUGAGACUAAUGCAGUGCCCCGGAGACUCAAUCACGCACAAUGGUUGCCCAUUGAGUCAAAGAUCCGCAAGGUUCUUUCUAUUACAUCCGGGGUGUCUGAAAGCUCUAUUGACAAGAGCUCCACAAUUUUUGAGCUUGGCCUGGACAGUAUCAACGCCAUUAAGGUGGCUGCACUCCUAAAGAAACAGUCCAUCAAGCUCGCAGUCAGUGACAUGCUUCGGGCUGGUACCAUCGAAAACAUGGCCAAAGCAGCCAACAGCAACGAGAUGGAGCUCUCGCUCACAAACAUCUCGAGCAUUCUGCACGAGUCACUCCAUGGCAUCGAUGUGAUGGAACUGCUACAGUCGCGUGGUAUUGAUUCGCAACGAGUGCAGAAGAUUUUCCCCGCAACUGCAGGGCAGAUCUAUUUCCUUUCAAUGCACAUCCUGAACCCUGAGGUAUUCUAUCCUGAGUUCUACUAUGUGGCAUCCCAACAAUUGAGCCCUGCGAUACUCGAUCGGGCUUGGGCUUGGGUCAUAGACCAAACCCCAAUGCUUCGAACGGCAUUCGUUCCCACUGCCGAUUCUCGGCUAUUGCCCUACGUGCAGAUCGAGUUUGAGGCUGUGCAAAUUCCUGUGGUCUGGCAUUCCAAGUUUGAUCGGCAUCUUGUUUCAACAAGUCUCAAGCAAGAAUUCGGGGCAGUGCCGGUCGCACUGCAUGCCUGUCAAACGAACAAGGGGACAGCGCUUAUUCUGCAAAUCCACCAUGCACUGUACGAUGCUGUCAGUCUACCCCAUAUCAUAGACAGACUUGUUGCACAAUGCAGUCAAGAGCAAGUUGCCAAGCGAAACUCCAAUCUUGAUAUAUCACAGCUCGUGGCAUUCCAGCAUGUCCAUUCGCCCGUCGAUGUCCGGCGGCAAUUCUGGCAAAAGUAUCUAGGCCAAAUGCCAACAGCGGUAAAACGAGGGGAUGGCUUCGGCUCUGUACAACAUCACUACCGACCGGGGCUGGUUUCAAAUAUGGCCAGCGUGGAAAGGUUCGCUAAGCGCCAGGGCCUUAGCAUUCAGACCGUCUUUUUGGCAGUCUAUGCUCGAGUGCAUCUGCAAGAAUUUGGUGCCGUUGAAACCGAGGAUGCAGGGUCUCACAGGCGGCUAAAUGUUGGACUGUACCUUGCCAACCGAUCUUAUUCCAUUGAGGGUCUAGCCGAAUCUGUGAUUCCCACUGUUAACAUUGUUCCACUACGACUGGAUGACAAAAUCAGCGACUCCAACGACACCCUCCUUGAAGCCGCCCGCAGAAUCCAAACUGAAAUCAACGAGAUCAGCCGACCAGAAUACUCGGGUGUGUCUCUCGUGGAAAUUGCCGAAUGGACGGGAGUCCGAAUCGACACUUGCAUCAAUUUCCUGCGACUUCCUGAGCCAGAAUCGAAAGCACCCGGCAACGGCGAAGCAGAGUUUUCUCUCACAGCAAUUCAACGCGAGGAGUUUGAGGAUCUUAGCGGGGCCCCAUUUUUGAAAAACGACCCAAUCGAGAUUAAUGGCAAUGAUUUAACGCCACCGGGUGCAGCCGAAACGAGCCCGGGCCUCCAGCAUCCAAGCGCCUCGACGGCGGCUACUCAGCCCAUUUUUCAGCCUACGAUCGACGUGGAAGCCGCCAUCCGCAAUGGUCAGUUAGAUUUUGGGCUCUUCGCACCGGAGUCCCGUCUUGACCGAGAUACAGCGGAGACCGUGAUCGGCGCUAUGCGACGGGAGAUGUCUGCAUUGGUGACAGGUUUGGAAUCAAUAUAG